AUGAGAUACUGUUUACGGACGUUAGAUAAACCACUAAUGCGUUUGUUCGCAUGGUACACAAAAAAUCUGCUAGUGGACUACUAUCAUUUAUUCAUACUGAUACCGAUAAUAUUAACUGCUUUUUUUGGCUAUGGCAUACGAUGGAUUUUCGAAUUGACCAUUUUGGAUGCGAAAAUGCUCUACACACCCCAAUCAGCACCCUGCUGGCAAGAGCGAAAAAUCAUUUCUGAGCUAUGGCCAAUCCGUGUGAACGAGUUUCUGCCCGAGCGGACGUUUGAAUGGAAUCGUUAUUUGUAUGUGAUUGUGCAUGGACGACAAGUGGCUGUUGAUGCUAAUAACAAUAACAGCAUCUCUAGCAACGAAUCGUAUCCGAAUCUGUUGGAUGGCCAAUAUUUAGAUGAAAUUGAACGACUGGAGCGCAGUAUCGCCCACAAUGUCACAUUUCCAAUGCAACCCAAAUGGCACUCAAACAAAACUGCGUUCAUCAAUGGAACUGUCCAUUUUCAGGAUAUUUGCUUGAAUUGGUAUGGUGAAUGUUAUCGUCAGAACGCAAUAAUAAAGUUGUUAAGAAAUCGUAAAGAACUUGAGAAACGUGGCAUAGAAGUGACUUUCCCGAGGGCAAACACAAAAGGGACCCCAAUUUAUUUAGCAUUCAACGUUGGUGGCGUCGACGUUUACGAGAAUGACACUAUUAAGGCGGCUGUUCGAGGUAUGAGAUUGUGGUAUUUCAUGCGAUUCGAUGAUGAGCAAAUGAAUCAAAUUUCAAUGGAAUGGGAAGAGUGCGCUGAAAAUUUUAUCAAUGAACAUUUCGCGAAUAAUUCACUUAUUCAGGCGCAUGUUCACCAUUCACGAACCAUCGAUAUCGGCUUGACGCGUAACGCAAAUCGUUUGAAGCCAUACUUUUCCGUGACCGUAAUCGUGUUGAUUCUCUUCACGACAUUUUAUUCGAUGAAAUGGAAAUUUAGCUAUGAAACUGCUCCAAACUCACCGCUUCGAUGUAGCGGAGUUCCAUUUGGUAAACAUAAAGCGCAUUGUUUUUCAAGUUCUUUACUGUUUUCAUUCCACUUCUUUAACGAAUUUUACAUUUCACGUGCAAUUCAAACUAUAGGCUUGUUUGUCAGCUUUACAGUACGCAUCGACUGGCUCAGGUCGAAGCCUUGGCUCGCGCUUGCCGGAGUUCUUUCGUCCGGAAUGGCCAUCGUCAGUGGCAUUGGCUUAUUGCUUUGGUUCGGCAUGUUCUUCGCUGAAAUCACUUUGAUCGCGCCGUUUCUCGUUCUCUCGAUUGGAGUGGACGAUAUGUUCAUUGCAGUUGCUGCAUGGCAUUACACGGAAUCCGCUUAUCCAGGCAAUAGCAAGAGUGUUCUGAAAGCUCGUAUGAUCGCUGCAAUGUCCGAAUCAGCAGUGGCCAUCUUUAUCACAAGUAUGACCGAUGUGAUAUCGUUUGCAAUUGGUUGUUGGACGGAUAUUAUUGCUGUGCGUGGCUUUUGCGCAAUGACUUCAGCGUGCAUGUUCUUCACAUUCAUUUAUCAAGUGACAUUUUUUGCGGCCAUAAUGGUUAUCAGUGGUAAAUGCCAACUGGCUGAACGCAAUUCAUGUUUUCCGUGCUUAAAAAGCACCUCAGAUUGCUACGAUGAAGACAGCAUAUCGGCACAAAAAUUACAAAAAGCACACAAUAAGAAUCAUGAAGUGAUCGUUGUCGAUUCAACACGUUUAUCUGCAGUAAAAAAUGGAUGUUAUCAGUUGCGAGAUGUUGUUUCGAAUCACAUCAGUGAUCCAUAUAUGGAACGAGUUAAGCCGUCGGCUUCAUCUGAGUCAUCGCUUAGCGAUAGCACCAUCUCACAGCGAUCGUCCAGUCGAACAAUGGAAAUGUUCUUCAGUCAAAUCUAUGUACCCUUUUUAUUGGAUAUUCGUACAAAAAUCGCAAUGUUAUUCAUAUUUAUCGCGUAUUUAUUGACAGCUAUUUAUGGUAUUAUUGGAAUGGAACAAGGCUUAGAUUAUGACAAGUUAUUGCUGAAGAGUGACCCGAUUGUACGUACAAUUGCCACUGAGAUUGAAUUGUUUCACGGUGGUGACCAAAUCGAAAUAGCGGUGGUAAACGCUCCGGAUAUGUCAAACAAAACGAAUCGUGAACGUGUUAUUGAGAUGGUGAAUGAUUUCGAGACAGUUCCGUAUUCGUUGGGUUCGAAGGGAACACAAUUAUGGAUUCGGGAAUAUAUUAAAUAUGCAAAUUUAACGGGCUCAUAUCUGCUUGAUGACCGACAAUCGUGGGUUGAGGGCGUUUUUCAAUGGUCACGUCUUUUCGCUUUCUACAAGCUGUGGUCGCAAGAUUUUGUGUGGGAGAAUGCAGAGGAUCCAUUCAACGUAACGAUGAAAUCGUUUCGAUUCCGUAUUGGUGUGACCGAGUUCAACAAGCCAACAGACUUGGUGAUUCUGACGAAGUUACUUCGCAAGAUCGCUGCCAAAUAUCCAGACAUGCGCAUUUACACCUAUCAACAGAGUCGUGCGAUUGCAGAUCAGUUGGAUGUUAUUUUGGUGAAUACCCUUCAAAAUGAUUCAAUCGCUUUGGUCGUUCUACUUAUCAUAUCGUUGCUGUUCAUUCCGAAUCCUUUGUGUACAUUCUGGAUUGCAAUCGCUAUCAUAACUAUGGAUAUUGGUGUGAUAGGAUAUUUGGCGCUCUGGAGCGUAAAAUUGGAUCCCAUCUCGAUGGUCACAAUAAUAAUGUCGAUCGGUUUUUCGAUCGAAUUUUGCGCUCAUAUCACAUACGGGUUCAUGAGCAGCGGUGAAAACUUAACACCAGCUGAACGUUGUAGUUAUGCGAUGGAGAAACUUGCAUGGCCAAUUGUUCAUGGAAGUAUGUCGACAAUACUUGGUGUUGCUGUAUUGGCAUUUAUUAACUCAUAUAUGGUGCUUGUCUUCUUUAAGACCAUCUUCUUAGUUCUCGUUAUCGGAGUCUUUCACGCACUCGUUCUACUGCCAAUCAUUCUCGCCGAGAGUGCACCAAUAGUCUUCGGCCCAUCAACCGCUCUUCAAACGCCGGCUGCUGUUGCUGCUAGCAAAAAUCUUCUUAUUCAAGGUCGGAAAGUAGCCUUAAGACCGCUUUCUGGACAGCUAACUUAUAUUGCAAAGGCACUACCGUCACACACUAGAUCAACGCUACCAACAUCUGUUCAAGGAGUUGCAACCACAAUAAAACGAUCACCCAAAGGAUUACAACAAAGAGCAAGAGCUUUCAAUAGUCAAGCAUAUGACGAGCAACAACUGCCCUCAUCCGCACCCGAAUAUGCGCCUCAAAUGAAUCCAUGCGUUGUUCAACUGCCACCAUGUCAACCCGCACCAGUUCACUCACACUACCCGUUACCUCAGUGCUACACAAAUAAAUCUGGCAAGUCACUUCCAUCCAUUAAUUGA